CCUAUUGUGUUGCACAGCACAAAGCUGCACGUGCUAGGAUCUCAUCUUCCCCUAAUUUGCAUGCUUUAUAGCCCUUCACAUUAGCAACUUGAGGGCAUUAGGAUACAUCUAAAUAAAGCUUGGGCAUUAAAGUGCAUGACACCGUAUUGAUCCUUAAUCUGCAAGGAGAGGGGGAGGAAGGAGACAAUCAGAAACGGUUGAGGCAAGCACUCUGCUCUCAGUUCCUUUUACUUUGACUUUGCAGCGUCCAUACAUAGGCUGUCGCUGACCAGGGCCAUGAGCAGAAGUAGAGAGAAUAGCUACAGAUCUAUUGUAAGACUGUCAUUGGAAGUCUGAGCGUACAUGCUAAAUGGAGUUGUGUAUUUCAGACUUGAAUAGACCUAUAGAAGGAAGGGGGGUUUUUCAUCGCAAGGAUUUUAUUUUUUUUUUGCAAGAAUUCUUAAGCUGCUGUGUGUGGGUCCAAAGAUGCUGAGAGAAAUGCUUAUUUCUGAGGGAUCAAAUCAAACUUGAAGUUCAUUAACUGUACAGCCCUGAGCAGCAGAAAUGAUGCCAGGGGGCCAGUAUCAAAAAUCCUUCAGGAUGCCUCGCCACAGCCUCUAUAGCCUGUCAGUCAGCCUGGAUGGUCAACAGGACGAAGAGGGCAAUCCUAAACAACGUAGCCCCCUGGAGCGGCUCACAACUGAAAUGUGUCAAGAUGAGCAGACCAUCAAGGAACUGGUGGUGGGACGCAGGGUUGGCUUUUACAAGGUCCGUGGUGAGAUCGGCUCUGGAACAUUUUCCCGUGUCAAAAUGGCCUUUCAUUCCCUCACCAAAGAUAAGGUUGCAAUCAAGGUGCUGGAUAAGACGCGGCUAAAUGUUCAGACCCAGAAACUGCUCUCCAGGGAGAUAUCCUGUAUGGAGGCCCUGCAGCAUGCCAACAUCGUGCGUCUGUAUGAGGUGGUGGAGUCACACAGCCGCCUCUACCUGGUGCUGGAAUACGCAGGGGGAGGAGAUCUUCACACACACAUCUGCUCAGAGGGAAGGCUGUCAGAACCCGUGGCCAAGAUCACCUUUGCUCAAAUCCUGUCCGCCAUCAAACACAUGCAUGCCAAAAACAUCAUCCACCGGGACCUGAAGGCGGAGAACGUACUAUAUGCCUGUAAUGGCUGUGUGAAAGUGGCUGACUUUGGUUUCAGCACCAUGGUCACCAACAGCAGUGACACCCUGGAUACCUUCUGCGGCUCUCCCUCCUAUGCUGCGCCUGAACUCUUCAGGGAUGAGUGCUACCUGGGGCCACCAGUGGACGUGUGGGCCAUGGGCGUCCUUCUCUUCUUCAUGGUGACCGGCACCAUGCCCUUCCGAGCUGACACCAUGGGCAAACUGAGGCGUGCCGUUAUAGAGGGGGUCUUUACCCUCCCACCUUGGGUGCCAGGCCCUUGCCAGCGUCUGAUCCGUGGCGUUCUGAAGCCUGUACCUGCAGAACGCUAUGCGGUAGACCAGAUGGUGGGUUGUGACUGGCUGCUCCCUGUAGAUUACCCGUGGACGGUGUCACCGGUCCCCCUCAACCCUCUCCGCUUAGCAGAUGCAGAGCCUGGGGAGCUGAGCGAUGAGGAGGAGGAGAUCAAGGCCUUGCUGCAGGAGCUGGGCGUCACCAUGGAACAUAUACGCAACAACCAAGGCAAGGGCAUCCGCAGCCCUAUCAGCGGACUUUACAGCAUCCUCUUGCACCGUGCCCAGAAGGGGCGGGGCGCUGAGACUGUACCUGUGGUCAGGGGUUUGGUCCGGGACCAUAAGAGGGAGGGGCUCCGUGCCUACAAAGGUUUGAUACACUCCUCCAAGUUGUGUGCUCUUCAGUAAGUAACAAGCCUGGAUGUGUCCUUAUGUAGACCUGUUUUAAUCUAUUGCACAUUUCCUUGUCCUACAAAUGUGGUAAUGCACAAAUAAUAGGAACGGGCUUUCUUUUGUUUUUUCUUUUCUAUUAUUUACCACUGGCUACCUUAUGCCUUUGUAUGUCUUAAGUUGAUAUUGCACUGUUGAGGAAGAGCUCAGAAGUAACAAUUUCACUGUAUAUAUAAAUACACUGAACAAAAUUAUAAAUGCAGCACUUUUGUUUUUG